AUGACUUCUAUUGGAACGAUCUACACAUACCCGUUCAAUCCUCGGGUGAUGAAAGUUCAAGCAGCUGCAGCUUUGAAUGGGCGUACGGUGGAUAUUGCCCCGGAAUUCAUCAUGACCAAGACAAACAAGUCGCCCGAGUUCUUACUUGACUUCCCACUAGGCAAGGUACCGGCAUUCAGAAGUGUUACCGGCCUGAGUCUCUUCGAAUCGGAUGCCAUUCUGCAAUAUGUCGCUGAAAGUGGUCCCGCGAGCGUUCAGCUCCUAGGCUCCUCCGCGGAUGAGCGAGCUCUGAUUCGUCAGUGGACUGAAUUUGCUGAUCAUGAGCUAUUCGAACCGUUGCAAAAUAUGGUUCUAUGGCGUUAUGGCAUGGCAGGGUUUGAUGAAGCUCUAGAAUUGAGGUCCUAUUCCCGGCUGGAAGUCUCCCUCAGUGUCCUGGAGGCACACCUUCAAGGCCGCGAAUUUGUGGCAUCAGGUGAUCUUAGCAUGGCUGAUCUUUCUGUUGCAGCGGCGAUGGUCUGGGGCUAUGGACAGGUUGUAGAUGCGGAUUUGCAGUGCCAGUAUCCUUCGACAGUCCAAUGGUACUUGCGAGUCAUCGGACGAGAGGGGGUCAAGCAAGCAUUUGGGGAGCCGAAUUUCCUUGAGAAGCGGCUCGUCUCAUCAGGAGUGGAGGCUCAGUAG